AUGAUCGUGGACGUGCUUGAGGCCGACAGCCCAAAGACUUUAUCGACACUGGCCCUCGUAAGCCCUACUUUCUAUGACCUGGCCCGGCACGCCCAACAUCGACAGAUCACACUCAACCUGCGCGUUUGGGACAGGGAUGUACAAGGGGAGAAACAGGCCCGUGCCCGUAUGGAAUAUUUGGACAAGUUUGGUUUCCUUCCUGACGUCCGACGCCUCACCAUCUCUGGUGCCGGCGCAACACCGGCCCUGAUGGCUGAACUGGGUCGGUUCAUUAUCAAGCUGUCUGGCCUGCGCGAUCUGGCAUGGCAAUAUCAAGAUGCCAUACCUGAACCAGUGCUUGCGUUCCUGCAGGACCGUCCUACGAUCCGUCUCCACGUCGUUUCGAUUCCCGGCCGCGUUGUGCAUGAAAACGGGACCGUCGCGCCGGUGCCACUGCCCUCCCCUCCGGACCCUCACGCCCGAAACGCAGACCGCUCGAAAGCUUACGUGCUUGAACAGUUGGUAAACAGCAGGAGUCUGUAUUCACUCGACGUCAGGUGUGAGUAUGUAGAUGCGGCACAGUGCUUCAACACGAUGCUGCCCCUCAGGCGCGUGCUCCAGUCCUGCCCCAACCUCCGCAAGCUCACACUGAAGGUCGGCCUGCCCAAGCCGGGGUGUUUCACGUUUUCACCACUCAAGGAGUAUACCGGGCUCGGCUUCACCGAGGCUGAGCGGCCGGUUGUUGCUCUUGAGGAGCUCGAGGUUGCUGCAUAUCCGUUCGGCCGGCCCGCGCAGGAGGGGAUUUGUUUUUAUGGAAGCCCCUGGCCACACUGGCAGCCAUCCAGUCUGUGCCAUAGCGAUGGGUAUCCGCUGGCCGUGCGCGAGGAGGUGAGCUGGGGUUCGAUUUUUGACUGGUCCCGCCUCCGGCGUCUACACACGGCGGACUCGGACCUAGGGCUGCAGCUCCUGCCAUGGCUCACGGCCCUCCGCGAAGUGGAUCUGGGGUUGGGCAUGGCCAGAUCUGCCGACAUCGAGCAACAAGACCUGCGAAUGUUUUAUGAUGACAUCACAAGCCCCCUUGAGGCUAUAACGGUCCGGAGGCUUGUCAGUAUAGGCCUGGACAAUCUGUUGAGGCAUGGGCCGAGCCUGCGCAGGUUGAAGAUUCACCAGAUUCCCACACAGAAACCGGUAGAAUGGGAGCAGUCCGUCAGCGCGGAGGAUUUGUUGGCUAUCUCAGAGGGCUGUCCGCACAUCGAGGAGUUGGCUGUUGAUGUCUGUCCAGAGGGCGAAUGGCCGCAACACAUCUACCGUGCCCUGGCCUCGUUCCGGCAGCUCCAACACCUCGAGUUCUUCCAGGACUUUGAGGAGGAAGAGGAGGAGGAGAAUAAAGAGAAGCUUAUCAUCACGGGCAGGCUCUCGUUUGCCGCCAGCAGGAUCUGCCAUUACCUGCGUGAUCAAGCUUUCCCAAGGAAGGCCCCUUUCAAGACCCUGACGGUGCACUACGGUCACAAGCCGGUGAUGCCAGGUGGGUUGUAUGAUAUCAGGCCAUACAAGGACAGGUCGCACGUCUUCCAAUGGACCCUGUCUGAACGUCAGGAUGAAGCUGAACAGGGUGUCUAUCAUAUGACGCCCGAUGGGAUGCUCUGUCAGGAGACUAACCCCAAGUUCUCUUCUUGA